GUCUGAACUGGGAUCCCUGUGUUUUCCCCGCCUCCUUUGCUUUCCAGUCCCUUUUGCCUUUCCUGCUGUGGAAACUGCUCUGCCUGGGAGUUUUGUUCUGUCCCUGUUUUUUCCUGCUAGUUCCUCCAGUCUCUCCUUUUUUCCCCCCGGCAGUUCAGCUCUCUCCCCCUUUCCCCUCUGGGAGCUCAGCUCUCUCCCCCUUUCCCCCGGCGAGCUCAGCUCUCUCCCCUUUUCUCUCCGGAAACUCAGAUCUCUCCCCAUUUGCUCCUGGUACCUCGGGUCUCCACCUUUUCCUCCUGCGAGCUCAGGGCUCUCCUCUUUUUUCCCCUUGGAGCUGAGAUCUCUCGGCAUUCCUGCACCCAGGCCUGUGCUUGCAGCCCCCAGAUACCUUGUGUGGGAGCAGCAAGACCCUGAGAUAAAGACCAGGUGCCAAAGGGAGGAACUUGAGAAAAAGGAGUCACUCUGGGUGUUUGCUACCUCCAUAGGGAGCCUGGAGCCAGAGAGAAUGGGCCCUGGGAGCCUCGGACCUCCUCGGGAGGUUGUGACAUUCAAGGACGUGGCUGUGGACUUCACUCAGGAGGAGUGGGGACUCUUGGACCCAUCUCAGAAGGAGCUGUUCAAGGAGGUCAUGGUGGAGAACGUCCAGAACCUGCUCUCCUUGGGGCUUCCACUUCCCAGAGAAGAGGCAAUCUCUUAUUUUGAGCAAAGGGAAGCACUGUGGAUGCUGGACCAAGAAGGCCUGAGGAGCUGCUCUGCAGGAAGGAGAAAUCAGAGUGAAAUGAAAGAAACUCCUGCAAAGCUAAGCCAUUCUAUGGUAGAAACUCCCAAGCAGUGGUUGAUGGGUGAUGGAUCCUGUGACUUUAUUUGGAGUAAAAGCUGUGCAACACAUGAGGGAAUCCAGCUUAAAGAGAAACAUUGUGAAUGUACCAAAGGUGGAAAAGGUUUUAGAAAAAAGGAAAAUCUUAUUGUACAAUCGAGAAUCCACACUGGAGAGAAGCCUUGUGAAUGUAACCACUGUGGAAAGGUUUUUAGAAGUAAAAAAGGUCUCACUGAUCAUCAGAGAAUCCACACUGGAGAAAAAACUUAUGAAUAUAACCAAUGUGGAAAGGCUUUUAGAAGGAAGGGAAAUCUUACUGUCCAUCAGCAAACACAUACUGGAGAGAAGCCUUAUGAAUGUAACCAGUGUGGAAAGGCUUUUAGAAGCAAGGGAAAUCUUAUUGUUCAUCACCAAACACACACUGGAGAGAAACCUUAUGAGUGUAACCAAUGUGGAAAGGCCUUUAGAGACAAGAGGACUCUUAUUGUACAUGAGAGAAUCCACACUGGAGAGAAGCCUUAUGAAUGUAACCAAUGUGGAAAGACUUUUAGAGACAAGAAAGUUGUUACUAGACAUCAGAAAAUCCACACUGGAGAGAAGCCUUAUGAAUGUAACCACUGUGAAAAGGCUUUUAGAAGCAAGGGACAUCUUACUAGACAUCAGAUAAUGCACACUGGAGAGAAGCCUUGUGAAUGUAACCAAUGUGGAAAGGCUUUUAGAGACAAGAGCGCUCUUACUAUACAUGAGAGAAUCCACACUGGAGAGAAACCUUAUAAAUGUAACCAAUGUGGAAAGGCUUUUAGAAAAAAGAGAGCUCUUACUGUACAUGAGAGAAUCCACACUGGAGAGAAGCCUUAUCAAUGUAACCAAUGUGGAAAGGCUUUUAGAGACAAGAGCACUCUUACUGUACAUGAGAGAAUCCACACUGGAGAGAAACCUUAUGAAUAUAACCAAUGUGGAAAGGCUUUUAGAAAAAAGGGAAAUCUUACUGUUCAUCAGCAAACACACACCAGAGAGAAGCCUUAUGAAUGUAACCAGUGUGGAAAGGCUUUUAGAAGCAAGGGAAAUCUUAUUGUUCAUCAGCAAACACACACUGGAGAGAAACCUUAUGAGUGUAACCAAUGUGAAAAGGCCUUUAGAGACAAGAAGACUCUUAUUGUACAUCAGAGAAUCCACACUGGAGAAAAGCCUUAUGAAUGUAACCAUUGUGGAAAGGCUUUUAGAGACAAGAGGUAUCUUAUUGUACAUGAGAGAAUCCACACUGGAGAAAAGCCUUAUGAAUGUAACCACUGUGAAAAGGCUUUUAGAAGAAAGGGACAUCUUACUAAACAUCAAAUAAUGCAUACUGGAGAGAAGCCUUAUCAAUGUAAACAAUGUGGAAAGGCUUUUAUAGACAAGACAGCUCUUACUGUACAUGAGAGAAUCCACACUGGUGAAAAAUCUUAUGAGCAUAACCAAUGUGGAAAGGCUUUUAGAAAAAAGGGAAAUCUUAUUAUUCAUCAGCAAACACACACCGGAGAGAAGCCUUAUGAAUGUAACCAGUGUGGAAAGGCUUUUAGAAGCAAGGGAAAUCUUAUUGUUCAUCAGCAAACACACACUGGAGAGAAACCUUAUGAGUGUAACCAAUGUGAAAAGGUCUUUAGAGACAAGAGAACCCUUAUUGUACAUGAGAGAAUCCACACUGGAGAGAAGCCUUAUGAAUGUAACCUAUGUGGAAAGGCUUUUAGAGACAAGAGAGUUGUUGCUAGACAUCAGAGAAUCCACACUGGAGAGAAACCUUAUGAAUGUAACCAGUGUGAAAAGGCUUUUAGAAGCAAGGGAGAUCUUACUAGACAUCAGAUAAUGCAUACGAUAGAGAAGCCUUAUGAAUGUAACCAGUGUGGAAAAGGUUUUAGUAGCAAGGGAAAUCUUACUGCACAUCAGAGCACCCACACUGGAGAGAAGCCUUAUGAAUGUAACCAAUGUGGAAAAGGUUUUAGAAAAAAGGAAUCUCUUAUUUUACAUCAGAGAAUCCACACUGGAGAGAAACCUUAUGAAUGUAACCAGUGUGGAAAGGCUUUUACACAAAAGGGAACUCUUACUGCACAUCAGAGCACCCACACUGGAGAGAAACCUUAUGAAUGUAACCAGUGUGGAAGAGGUUUUAGAAGAAAGGCAAAUCUUAUUGUUCAUCAGCAAACACACACUGAAGAGAAACCUUAUGAAUGUAACCAAUGAGGAAAGUCAUUUGGAAGCAAGGGAAAACUUACUAGACAUCAGGUAAUCACACACUGGAGAGAAACCUUAUGAAUAUAACCAGUGUGGAAAGGCUUUUAGACAUAAAUCUAGUCUUACUGACCCUGAGAGUACCUGCACUUAUGAGAAAAGUUAUGACUGUAAUCAAUGCUGGAAAGCUUUUGCAAAUAGAGGAUUUUUUACUAGAUAUCAAAGAACCCAAACUGGACAGAAACCUCAAUGUAAGCAAUGUGGAAAGGCUUUUGGGGGAAACCUGGGAUGCUAAUGUAUUAUUGGUGGAAAUGUGAACGGAUCCAACUAAUUCUGUCACCCAACAGCUAUCAAAAGGUGCAUAGCCUUUGAACUAGCAAUGCUUCUACUGGGCUUAUUUGCCAAAGAGAUCCAAAAG